AAGCAUAAGCUCGCGUUUGGCGUUGAUGGGCGAUUGGGAAACUAUCCGGCUCAGGUCGAAAUUCGACUAAAACCAGGAACUCAGCCCGUCUCCUUACCGCCUUUCCCGGCGUCACCAGCGAAGCGCGAAGUCAUUGACAAGCAGAUGGAUUCUUGGAUUCAACUGGGCGUCAUUGAGCCAUCUAAGAGUCCCUGGGCUGCUCCCGUCUUCAUCACCUAUCGCAACGGCAAACCUCGGAUG